AGAGGCGGCGGGCAGAGUUAGUCUGGUGUGGCUUCUGAAUCCAGUCGGACCUCGUCCGAAGCAACAGUUACACAUCGUGCUCAACUAACUGGGGUACCCCCUCAACUCGGGAUUCCCACCAAUCUCACCGAUAGACAACAGUACUUAAAAUAAUUGCGCCCAAUUUGCAUAUCCAACGAAAUACGAAUAACAGGCAUUACAUUCCGGUUGACAUUGCAAUUUGCUAAUCCACUUGUGGUGCAUUAAACUAGAUUAGCAGUGCAUUCCAAUCGAUGCUACAAGAAUUAAAUCACAGCCCACGUUCGAACCGAGGAGUCCAGCAGCAGUGAGUCCAGAGUCCUUAUGUCGAUAUGUGGGAAACCAUCGAGAUUGAAAUGGCAGCGACAUUACACUGGUUGCCGGGCAUAAUGUGAGGUGGAUGUUGCAGAUAUUCUUCUUGUGCAGCAGCCAUGAGGUGAGAGAGUGAAAAUAGAACAAAAGGGAAUGCCAUGGUUUAGCAGCUCACCCAGUUGCAUCCACCCGUCGUUCCUCGUUGCCGUGUGACACUUGGCAUUUGGAGAAAGUUACCUGUGCGGAUUGUACCAAGAAAAAGUGGGGCUCGGUAUUGUUAUGCCGUGCCGGUAAUGGUAGUCUUCCUUCGUAUAAUCAAGAGUAGCUGUAUCUUCACACACCCACCAUGAAGAAAGUAGUGGCUGAGAAAAUCCAGCAAUUCCUGCCUUCCAACCGAGAAACCUUCCGCCAGCAGAGUUUGAUAGUCUUCAAUAAGCUGAUCAGAACCAAGAACCUCGCAUCACUCCAAGAAGAUCCCAUACACGGUGGAUUAGGGGGCGGGAAGGAGCCUGGGUCUCUCCAAAAAUGUCUUACUACGCUGGACUUGACGAGCCUGGGGGUGGGGAGUUGCGUUGGGACCGGCAUGUACCUUGUUGCAGGAAUGGUCGCCAAAAAUAUUGCAGGCCCAGGAGUAAUAUUUUCGUUCAUCAUAGCAGCAGUUGCCUCAAUUUUUUCUGGAGCUUGCUAUGCGGAGUUUGGUGUUAGGGUGCCGAAAACGACAGGCUCGGCUUAUGUGUAUUCCUACGUGACCGUCGGAGAGUUUAUUGCUUUUGUCAUUGGGUGGAACUUGGUGUUGGAAUAUCUAAUUGGCACCUCUGCGUGUGCUUGUGCCCUAAGCGCCUGUUUUGAUGCGAUUAGCAGUGGAGCAAUUACUGAAAAAUUGGCAAACUCUAUCGGCACAUUUCAUGGUCGCCCACCAGAUGUGCUUGCUUUCUUCAUAACAGUGUUAAUGAUGAUGGUCAUGAUUGCGGGAGUGCAAAAAUCAGUGAUCUUCAAUAAUAUUCUCAACGCUAUAAAUUUUUCUGCAUGGGUAUUUGUGAUGGUGGCUGGAUUAUUUUACGUUGAUUUCUCAAACUGGACAGACUAUGGUGGCGUUCUUCCGUAUGGCUGGUCUGGGGUAUUAAAGGGCUCGAGCGUCUGCUUCUAUGCGUUUAUUGGCUUUGAUAUAAUUGCCACGACAGGAGAAGAGGCGACCAACCCAAAAAAAUCUAUUCCAACUGCAAUCGUCGCGAGUUUAUUGGUUAUCGUAACCGCUUACGUAACCUCAUCUGCAAUGCUGACUCUAGUCGUGCCAUAUGACGAAGUAGCACAAGAAUCAGCGUUGGUCGAAAUGUUUGGUCAAGUUGGAGCUUAUAGAUGCCAAUUUGUGGUCGCAAUUGGGGCCUUGGCAGGGCUGACCGUCUCCAUGUUUGGUUCAAUGUUUCCCAUGCCUCGUAUCGUCUAUGCGAUGGCAAAAGAUGGUCUAAUUUUUACUUGGCUAUCCGAAAUCUGGAGUUUGACAGGGACGCCAGCCGUUGCCACAGUUGUGCUCGGACUUAUGGCUGCUCUCGCUGCUUUGAUUAUACAGUUGGAGGUACUUGUCGAGAUGAUGAGCAUCGGAACAUUAUUGGCGUACACUUUAGUAGCCAGUUGCGUUUUGCUGUUGAGGUAUCAGCCGACGUCGACGACAUUAGUUGACCUUUUGCCUGAGUCCAUCAGAACCCCACUGCCAGGGUCGCCCAUGGCAGGUUCUCCGACAGAAGGUGGAACUCCCACCAAAGACUAUGGAGCAUCCCUCUUUCUCCAAAAUCAAAACGACCUUUGGGGAGACAAACCCAAUGGUCCCCAAGCCUCCAGCCAGCAGCAGCGACUGAGUCUCUCUCUGGGCAUGGGAACAAACCCGUUCUCCUCGAGUAGUACUCAACCCUCGGUCGGAGGGCCUGUGCUGGUUCGGAAAGUAACCCGCAAUUCUCCCGAUUCGGAUGACACUGACACCAUCGGAGACGCUGAGACGGACGACGCUUUUCUAAUGUCAGACAGAAAUGAAUCCAGAUAUUACGGUUCAGUCCAUGCAGGCGGACCUCCCAAAUUAAGUCGUUGGGAAAAACAAAUGAGAUUAUUACAAUACAUGUUUCCUAAACUUUUUCCCUGGCAAGAACCUGGACCAUGUACUGAAGAAAGUGGACGUCUGGUCACCAAACUGGCUGGCCUCAUGUUUCUACAAAUUGUUUGCUUUGACCUUCUAUUGGUGGCUUACGUAGGAAGCAAUGGCUUUUGGGGAAGUGUGGCUGGCUUCCUUUUGCUCGCGUUAUUUGCAGGCAUCAUGUAUUGUCUUUUAACAAUUUCAAGGAAGCCGCAAAACAAUAAACAACUGCUUUUUAUGACGCCCGCACUUCCGUUCGUGCCGGCUGUUGCUGUGAUGGUCAAUUUUUACUUAAUUUUAAAGUUAUCAAUUUUAACUCUGGUUAGAUUCACAAUUUGGAUGACCUUAGGGUUGAUAAUGUAUUUUAAAUACGGGAUCAAAAAUAGUGCACUAGAAAUAAAAGAAGAUGCAGGUGUGGAGCUAACGGUGGCUGGAAGUCCUUCAGCCGAUUCUAUCAGGGGCAUCAAAACCACAAGUCUCAAUCGAUAAGCGUGCAAAAAAUGAAAACUUUUCUAUAAAUUCAAAUUUACAAAGAUUUCCAUUAAAAAUCGAAGUUGUUAAUUUAAUUACUUUAUAUUCUACUCUUAAAGUUCAAUUUCGUUGGCCCAGCUCGAUGUAGAACUCAUUGUGUCAAAAUUUGAAUUCGUUUGUCUUCCUUUCUAAAUAAGUAUAUUUCCAUCUUUUCGGUUUAUCUUUAUGUAUGGAUAUUCUAUUCUGCGGUCCACAUUUGUACGGAUUUUAUAUUGUUCGGCCUACAAAUUUUUUUACAUAUUUACAUUUUAAUUGAGCUUCAGAGAAUACAGCCAAUGUAUUUAAUGAAUUGCUGUAUUAAAUGAAAUAGUACACGGAGAUCAGCGAGAGAGAAUAUGAGAUGGCUAACAAAAUACAUCGAGAUAAAUACUUAUUAGCUGCCACAAUUAGACCAAAGUAGUAAAUUAAAUAUUAGCGAGUUCUCUACUAAAAGAUAGUUUCCGACUGUUGUACAGAGAGUGAAUCAAGAUACAAAACUCACUUUUGUUUAUUUUUCUACAGCUUUAUUUUUCGUUUGUGAAUUUUAUAAAUUGCUUCAAUGGGUAGCCCAUUAGUUUGUCUAACGAGGUGCAAUCGCUUUUUCUACGCCAUUAUCACCUUUGACACUUUUUUGGAGUGAUUUUGUUCUACCCGUUUUGAAAAGUUUUCCAAAACCCACUUAGCGCCCGAGCCGUCAGCUUGAAAAUCUCUGCUUCAAGUACUCAAAUCUAAAAUAAUCCAUCCGAAUAAUGUCAUGCGACUCGCCAAGAGUAAUUGCAGUUAAAAAUUUAUUUCUGGAAAAUAAGUUUUCAUGCAGUUAUCGCGAAUUUGCUUCGAAAAACGUGAUGUAAGACGGCGUGGGGGCGUACAGCGGGUCCUCCUCCGCGUUAAUAUAUUUAGGUCAAAGUGACUGAUCCUAAAAACUAUUGCCUGACUCACCCCCAACAUUUUGCAUACUUUUCUGUGGUGACGGAUGUUCCUUAUUGAUGAAAUUUGCAAUCUAGUAUAACUCAUGCUCGAUCCUGACUGAUCUUGAACGCCACUUUGGUGGAGGUGGAACUCCAGCCAAUGAUUUCUGCCUCUUUAUGAUAGUGCCAUUUAAUACAAUGGAAACAUGGCUUUGACUGGUACUUGAAUUCAGUUGUCGCCAGUUUCUUAAAAAAAAUUUAUGGUACAAUUCAUCUUUGGAAAACUCUUUUACGGCUACCUCGCACUCCGUGGGGGGAGUGGGGGCAUGUUGCUGCACAGAACUAAGAGUGAUUUUGCAAACUGUUCCUUGACUAUCUGGGUACGACACGUGCAAAUUUCAAUAAUCCCAAGUGUCUCUAACACUUGUUAUCUCAAAAAUAAAAGUGAGUUUUGUAUCUUGAUUCACGCUCUGUACAUAUAAUAAGUCAUAUUUAUUGUAAUUUCAAGUUCUAUGUGAUGUGAAAGGAAUAUGUUGAUUGUUCCAUAGUGAUACUGUUUCAUCGUCUUUACUUUCACUUUCAAAUACAUAAUGUUCCGUUGAGUUCCCUCAUUAACUAGGAUAAUAUACUCCACAAAGAAAGUGACGUUGAUCGUUGCAUAAUAUAAUGAUCAUUAUUACCUCGUUUUAACGAUACGUUCCUCUAAAACCAAAGACUUUACAAAUAUUUUGCCACCAUUAUGUGUUAUUUACAUAUCAAAACCAAUUUCAAUAUUAACAAUCAAAUUCAGCAAUCAUUAAUUUGUGUGGUCCACUGCGAUUUACAGAAGAGAAGCACAAAUCUCAUAUGAAAUAAUUUGACCAAAAAUACAUAUUUACGACUGAGUUAGAACUUUUGUUAAUACAUUGUUGUCAACUCUGUUGAUUGUAAACUUAAAAGGCUGGAUGAUAUUUCCGAGUUGAUAAUCGUAUGUUAUAGAUUUAGAAAAAUUCAAAUGUCUGUCCGUUUGUAAAACUUUCUCUACACUUCAACAGUUAAGCUAAUUCUAAGUACACAUGUGUGAAGCACAACCUACUCAUCUCUGGCACUGUCAAUUAUGUAUAUUAAUUUUUAUUAUACUGUAAACUAUGUAUGUAGCUCGUUCAAAAUUUAAAAAUUCUAUGAUAAGCCUUUUCCAUAUGUGUGCAUACGUAAAGUAAAAUAUGUAAGCAAACUCCUUUUGCCAAGACAUGUAUUUAUUAGUCCUCCAAAUAUAGAUGACAUAUUAGUAGCACUAUGUAAAGUAGCGCAAUUAGCAGGUAGUCCUACAGUAGAAUGAAGUUCAACUAGUUUAAGCUCUAUAAAUUAGUGAAAAAUAUUAUAAUAAAGAAAUGCAACAUCGAAUUGAAAAGA